ACUUCAACAAGAACGAGAACUUAGAUUUGCUUGGGUUCGAGACAAUUCCUAACAUUCAUGAGCUGAAGGCCAUUUUGUACUGGGAUGAGAGCAUCCUAUCGAAACCUUUCUAUAUUGGGUUGUCUGUGCACGAGCACGGUGUCUUGAGAGAUGGCACCACCAUGGAAGGAGUUGCAAAAGUUAUCAAAGACCUGGGCGACAAGAUCAAUCCUAACUUCUUGCUUUUGGGAAUCAACUGUGUUAGUUUCAAUCAAUCUCCUGGUAUCCUCGAGUCCCUACAUCGUGCUUUACCUAAUAUGCCCUUGCUUGCUUAUCCAAACAGUGGAGAAGUUUACGWUACUGAAAAAAAAAUAUGGCUGCCAAAUAGUGAUAAGCUAAACAGUUGGGACACAGUGGUUAAACAGUAUAUCGGUAGCGGUGCUCGUAUUAUCGGGGGUUGUUGUAGAACCGCUCCAAAAGAUAUCCAACAGAUUUCUGCUGCUGUCAAGAAGUACACUUAG